AUGGUGGAAUGUGUGAAUGAGUAUGUGUUUGAAAGUUUCGGGCUUCCUCAGCGCCUGCGACCCACUAUCCCAACUCGAAGCCUCCAAUUAAUUCAGAGCCAGACUCGGGACCUUCGGGAGGCAAGCUGGGAUGCCGGAGCCUGGGCAGGCCGAAGCUCCGCGGCCAAUGGGCAGGUUCCUGCGCCCUCCGCCCCCUCUCCGCCCCUCCGCUCCCUGGACUUAACUGUCUGCAAAAGCAAACACGUAAAAGGCAGCCGGGUGAUCGAUAAGAAACUUCGGAACCUGGAGAAGACAAAAGGUAAACUUGAUGAUUACCAGGAACGAGUGAACAAAGGGGAAAGGCUUAAUCAAGAUCAGCUGGAUGCCGUUUCUAAGUACCAGGAAGUCACAAAUAAUUUGGAGUUUGCAAAAGAAUUACAGAGGAGUUUCAUGGUACUAAGUCAAGAUAUUCAGAAAACAAUAAAGAAGACAGCACGUUGGGAGCAGCUGAUGAGAGAAGAAGCUGAACAGAAACGUUUAAAAACUGUACUUGAGCUGCAGAAUGUUUUGGACAAACCAGGAGAUAAUGAAGUGCGAACUGACCGGAAACAAGGUUUGAAUGGAGUGCCAAUAUUGUCCGAAGAGGAAUUGUCAUUGUUGGAUGAAUUCUGUAAGUUAGUAGACCCUGAAUGGGACAUGAGCUUGAGGUCGAAUGAACAGUAUGAACAUGCCUCCAUUCACCUGUGGGACCUGCUGGAAGGGAAGGAAAAAUCUGUACGUGGAACCACCUAUAAAGUUCUAAAGGAAAUUGUCGAGCGUGUUUUUCAGUCAAACUACUUUGACAGCACCCACAACCACCAGAAUGGGUUGUGUGAGGAAGAAGAGGCAGCCUUAGCACCUACAGUUGAAAACCAGGUAGCUGAAGCUGAACCUGAGCCAGCAGAAGAGUACACUGAGCAAAAUGAAGUUGAAUCAACAGAGUAUGUAAGUAGACAGUUCAUGGCAGAAACACAGUUCACCAGUGGUGAAAAGGAGCAGGUAGAUGAGUGGACAGUUGAAACAGUUGAGGUGGUAAAUUCACUCCAGCAGCAACCUCAGGCUGCAUCCCCUUCAGUACCAGAGCCCCACUCUUUGACUCCCGUGGCUCAAGCAGAUCCCCUUGUGAGAAGACAGUGAGUACAAGACCUUAUGGCACAGAUGCAGGGUCCCUAUAAUUUCAUACAGGAUUCAAUGCUGGAUUUUGAAAACCAGACACUUGAUCCUGCCAUUGUAUCUGCACAGCCUAUGAAUCCAGCACAAAACAUGGACAUGCCCCAGCUGGUUUGCCCUCCAGUUCAUUCUGAAUCUAGGCUUGCUCAGCCUACUCAAGUUCCUGUACAACCAGAAGCCACACAGGUUCCUUUGGUGUCAUCCACAAGUGAGGGGUAUAUAGCGUCUCAACUCCUGUACCAGCCUUCUCAUGCUACAGAGCCACGACCACAGAAGGAACCAAUCGAUCAGAUUCAGGCAACAAUCUCUUUAAAUACAGACCAGACUACAGCAUCAUCAUCCCUUCCUGCUGCUUCUCAGCCUCAAGUAUUUCAGGCUGGGACAAGCAAAUGUUUACAUAGCAGUGGAAUCAAUGUAAAUGCAGCUCCAUUCCAAUCCAUGCAAACAGUGUUCAAUAUGAAUGCCCCAGUUCCUCCUGUUAAUGAACCAGAAACUUUAAAACAGCAAAAUCAGUACCAGGCCAGUUAUAACCAGAGCUUUUCUAGUCAGCCUCACCGGAGAACAGAGCUUCAGCAAGAACAGCUUCAAACAGUGGUGGGCACAUACCAUGGUUCCCCGGACCAGUCCCAUCAAGUGACUGGUAACCACCAGCAGCCUCCUCAGCAGAACACUGGAUUUCCAUGCAGCAGUGAGCCCUUUUACAAUAGCCGUGGUGUGUCUCGUGGAGGUUCCCGUGGUGCUAGAGGCUUGAUGAAUGGAUCCCGGAACCCUGCCAAUGGAUUCAGAGGAGGAUAUGAUGGUUACCACCCUUCAUUCUCUAACACUCCGAACAGUGGUUAUACACAGUCUCAGUUCAGUGCUCCGGAUUACUCUGGCUAUCAACGGGAUGGAUAUCAGCAGAAUUUCAAGCGAGGCUCUGGGCAGAGUGGACCACGGGGAGCCCCACGAGGUCGUGGAGAUCCCCCAAGACCCAACAGAGGGAUGCCGCAAAUGAACACUCAGCAAGUGAAUUAAUCUGAUUCACAGGAUUAUGUUUAAUCGCCAAAAACACACUGGUCAGUGUACCAUAAUAUGUUACCAGAAGAGUUAUUAUCUAUUUGUUCCCCCUUUCAGGAAACUUAUUGUAAAGGGACUGUUUUUAUCCCAUAAAGACAGGAGUACAGUUGUCAGCUUUAUAUUACCUGGAGAUGGAAGGAAACUAUUUUUACUCUGCAUGUUCUGUCCUAAGCGUCAUCUUGAGCCUUGCACGUGAUACUCAGAUUCCUCACCCUUGCUUAGGAGUAAAACAAUAUACUUUACAGGGUGAUAAUAAUCUCCAUAGUUAUUUGAAGUGGCUUGAAAAAGGCAAGAUUGACUUUUUGACAUUGGAUAAAAUCUACAGAUCAGCCCUCGAGUUAUUCAGCAGUAACUGACAAACUAAAAUAUUUCCCUAGAAAGGAAUAUGAAAGGAGUGGAGUGUGGUUUGGCAGAACAACUGCAUUUCACAGCUUUUCCAGUAAAAGUGGAGCACUGAACGUUUAGAUGCAUACCAGAUUAUGCAUGGGUCCUAAUCACACAUAUAAGGCUGGCUACCAGCUUUGACACAGCACUGUUCAUGUGGCCAAACAACUGUGGUUUAAAAACACACGUAAAAUG